UUAUAAGUCUGGCAAUGCUUGAACGGCAACUUUUUUCUACCGGGUGGCAACGUCUUUCAAAAAGCGUUCUCAACAAAAAAAAAUAAUUUCCAGAAUGUUCUCAUUGCUGCACAAAGAGGAGAACGCACACGACAAUGCGCUGUGGGCAUGCGCCUGGGGACGCGACCCAGAACCGGCAAAAUUGGAUGAUGAUGACAAUGAAAACACGCCACCAAAUGAAGAAAAUCCAUUUGAUUUUGACAAAAAGGAGCCGAAACCCAAUGAUUUCAUUGUGACCGGUGGACUGGAUGAUCUCGUCAAGGUGUGGGAUUUACGUGAGGAUAACACACUGAAGCUGCGGCAUCAAUUAAAGGGUCAUGCACUUGGCGUUGUUUCCGUUGCCGUCAGCUCCGAUGGCCAAACCAUUGCCAGCAGUUCGCUGGACUCGAGCAUGUGUCUCUGGAAUGCCAAGACGGGCGAGAAGAAACACAAGUUGACAUUUGGUCCAGUGGAUCUCUGGACAGUUGGUUUCUCACCAUGCAACAAGUAUGUGAUUUCCGGUCUUAAUGAUGGCAAGAUCUCCAUGUACAGUGUGGAAACUGGCAAAGCCGAGCAGGUGCUGGAUGCACAGAAUGGCAAAUAUACGCUUAGCAUUGCAUAUAGUCCCGAUGGCAAGUACAUUGCCAAUGGCGCCAUUGAUGGCAUCAUUACCAUCUUCGAUGUGGCGGCUGGCAAAGUGGCGCAGACGCUUGAGGGUCAUGCAAUGCCAGUGCGCAGUCUUUGCUUCUCACCCAACUCACAAAUGCUGCUCACCGGCUCUGACGAUGGCCACAUGAAACUUUACGAUGUUGCACAUUCCGAUGUGGUGGGCACACUGUCCGGCCACGCCUCCUGGGUGCUGUGCGUUUCCUUCUCUGAGGAUGGCAAACACUUUGCCAGCUCUUCGAGCGAUCGCAGUGUUAAAGUCUGGGACACCGCGGAACGCAAGUGUCUUAACACAUUUAAUGAGCACACGGAUCAGGUCUGGGGCGUUAAGUACAGUCCAGGAAAUGAUAAAGUGAUAUCAGCGUCGGAAGACAAAUCCCUCAACAUUUACUACUGUCCACCCAAUGCCAUUGUGUGAUUCAUUAUGAAAAGUCAAAUAAAACAUAGGUGUAAAUUAA